CCAUAGAGAAAGAAAUUUUUAUUUUGUCUAUGUAUGACUCAUACUCAUCUGUCAAUGUCAAUAAAAUGAAUGAUGUCAUUUUCAGUUUUAAAGAAUUUGUGUACAUAAAAUUUAAUUCUCAAAUUAUUUAGGUUCAAAAACUAUUAUUAAUUUUAGCAUAUUUCGAUUAUUAUAAGGAUAACCGCGUAACUGUGAAUAUAAAGCGGGAAGGCCGAAUCGUAAGUAAACGCGACCAUUUUCUCUACUUGGGUUUAUAUUGCAAUUAUUUCAACUAAAAAAUGGGAAACGAAAUGUCUUCAAGUGCUAUGGAAAAGCACCUUUUCAAUCUAAAAUUCGCCGUGAAGGAACUCGAGCGAAACUCAAAAAGAUGCGACAAAGAGGAAAAACAAGAAAAGGCCAAAACCAAACAGGCAAUACAAAAAGGAAACAUGGAAGUAGCCAGAAUACAUGCCGAGAACGCCAUUCGGCAAAAGAACCAGUCACUUAACUAUUUACGAAUGUCUGCCCGAGUAGAUGCAGUAGCUAGUAAAAUUCAAUCGGCUGUUACCACAAGAAAAGUCACAAAUUCCAUGGCUGGCGUCGUCAAAGCCAUGGACGCUGCAAUGAAGAGCAUGAAUUUGGAGAAAAUCUCUCAGGUUAUGGAUAAAUUCGAGCAACAAUUCGAAGAUUUAGGCGUUCAAACGGAUGUACUCGAAAAUACUAUGGGCCAAACUACUACUACACUUGUUCCCACUAACGAUGUAGAUUCGCUAAUGCAGCAAGUCGCUGAUGAAGCUGGUUUGGAAUUAAACAUGGAGCUACCCCAACAACCCACUGGAACACAAAUUGGAACGGCUACUGCCUCUCAAGAACAGGAUGAGCUCACGCAGCGGCUUGCUCGUUUGAGACAAGCCGAAUAAAAACGUUAUAGUGAUGGACAAUAUUCAAUAAAUUACUCAUUUCAAUUUAUUAAGCAGUUCUAUUCAAGUGGCUUAUUCCUGUCGAUUUAUGUUUAUGUAUAAUAGAUAGUUUACUAUUGCUUUAAUUAAGAGAAAGUACUAAAGUAUUGUCUUUUAAAGGGAAAUUAUUUUUU